AUGAAACAACUAGAGGAGAAAGACACACAACUGGAUGAUAUGACCCAGGAAGUGAGAGAGAAAGAGAGACUCCUGGAGGAGAAGAACCAGAUAAUGGGACAGAGGGAGAAACUAUUAGAAGAGAAAGAAAACCAACUGGAAGAGAAAGACAAUCAACUAAAGGAAAAAGACCUUCAACUAGAGGACAGCAACCACAGACUGGGAGAGAAGGACAAACUACUGGAAGAGAGAGACAAACUACUGGAGGGAAAAGAAAAUGAACUAAAAGAGAGGAGGCAGGAAGUAGAAGAGAAAGAUAACCUACUAGAGGAGAGAGAGAAGCAGUUAAAGGCAAGAGACAAACAGGUGGAGGAUGUCAACAAUGAAAAUGCUGAACUGGCUCAACAGAUAUGUGAUGUGAAGACUGAGGUAGAGAGACUGAGAAGAGAGGUCUCAGCCCAGAUGACUGAACCUGGAGAGACGUCAGAUACAGGUUCCAUACUCCCAGUCAGGAGGAGAGACAGCAUGGAUGAUCCUCCAUACAUGGGAGGAGAGACAUCAGAUACAGACCCCACAUUUCCACCGAGGAGGAGAAACAGCAUGGAGUUAAAUCCUCCAGAUAUGGGAGGAGAGAGCAGCAGUCCAGACUCCCCAGUGUCUCCCAGUGUGUCUGAGCUGAGACUGGUGCUGCUGGGGAGGACUGGGGCUGGGAGGAGUGCAGCAGGAAACACCAUCCUGGGCAGAGAGGAGUUUGGGGCCCAGGCCAGCCCCUCUGCAGUGACCCAGAGGAGUAAGAGGAGAGAGGGGGACGUGUGUGGGAGACGGCUGGUGCUGGUGGACACUCCAGACUGGUUCUGUCCUGGACUCUCUCUGGAGGAGAUGAGACAGGAUGAGGGGCUCUGUGUCCGUCUGUCUGCCCCGGGACCCCACGCCUUCCUCCUGGUCAUACCAGUGGAGCCCUCUAAGGGGGAGGAUAGAGGUGUGCUGGAGAGAAUAGAGGAGGUGUUUGGGGAGAGUUGUUGGGAACACACUGUGAUUCUAUUCACCCAUGAGGAUGGCCUGAAAGAGCAGAGCAUUGAGGAGUUUCUCCAAGCAGGAAGUCAGGACCUCCAGCAGCUUGUAGAGAAAAGUGGGAGCAGGUACCACGUCCUCAACAUUAAGGACAGGGCCCAUGGCACUCAGGUAUCAGAGCUGCUGGAUCAGGUAGAGGAGAUGGUGGCAGGAAACAGAGAGAGCUUCUACAGCAGUCAGACCUACCAGGAGGCAGAGGACCAGAGGGAGUGA